AUGUUUUCGUCAGUAUCUACGAAAACGACAGCGGCUCAGGCACAAGCGAUGCGCUUCGCGAGCUUCAGCACGAAUUCACUUGUCUGCAAUUCUUCGGUUAUCACUGGAGGCCAUUUACCUCUCUCUUCCUUUCCGACUAUGCGGCUACCAGAUGGUGAAGAUCGUGUACAGCGCAUAACCUAUCUUGCGGAGGUUAGAAAUCGUCUCCUUCAACCCCUGGAAGCUUCCUAUGCUGGAAAUUCUUCUGGUUUUAGAAGCGCAGCAGAUAUCAAGUUCGACAAGAUUCUCUUCAUAAACGACGUAUUUUUCAACCCAUUGGACGCUGUCCAAUUGCUUUUUUCCACCAAUGGCGGCAAAGGCACGGCAGAGUAUCGUGCCGCCUGCGCCAUCGAUUUCGUCUGUGGAAUAAUGUUUUACGAUUCCUUUGUUGUCCGAGAUACCGACGGGUUUGGGAUGGGAUUAAUGUUUUACCCGUGGUUCACCACUUCAGGCAGCGGGACCAGCCGAGCCUUUGUCCAGAGUCAAAAGGACGCUGUGCCCGUGCGUAGCUGCUGGGGAGGUAUGGCUGCCUUCAACGCAUCGCUUUUUCAGACUCGGCGAUCGAAGUUGCCGCUGUCAGAAACAAGAUUGGAGCCGGUGUCGUCGUCCGAUCCCCAUACCAAACCCCAGCUUCCGCUCAGAUUUAGAAGCUCCCAGGAACCCUUUUGGGAGGCCGCCGAAUGCUGUCUGAUUUUUGCCGACAUUGAAGCACUGUAUGGGGACCCCAACGUGGAGAAUGGGACGGGCGUAUUCAUCAACCCUUAUAUUCGCAUUGCCUAUUCACAAACAACUUGGGAGUGGCUGCCCAUUUUUCGCCGGUUCGAGCGCAUGUUCGAAUAUUUGCAAUAUGUAGUCAGUAUGAUUGGCUACCCAGAGUACAAUCCUCGACGACUACACGAGGCCGGCCAACUUGUGGAAGAAACAGUCUGGGUCUCGGCAUCAGAGCAUGAUGCGGCGUCUGUGGGUCACUUCAUGCGCGUGCGUCGGGAGGCCGCUCCGGGUGGAUUUUGCGGCCAACGGAGGAUGUUCGUUAUGAAGCGUGAUUUGGAAACUGCCAACACUGGAGGCACUGGGAAGAAUUGGGAAAAGAUAAGGGUUCCACCGGGGGCCCGCUAA